AUGAUCACGAUUUCUAUCGAACUAGCACCUCCACAAGGUGAGGAACCGCCGCCCAUCAAUGGUCUUAUGGCGAACAGACUCGCUUUCACCAACGGAGACAUUGUGCGUGGUAAGGCGACUGUUGUCACUAAAUCGCACAUUGAGGUAAGCUCUUUGAUAGCACGGUGCGAAUGUCGCACUUUUGCAAAGGCCAUUCAAACAAGCGCUGCAGCAUGGGAAGAGAAGGCAGUGAUGUGGUCAAGUUCUAACUAUAUUCUUCCCAGUCCGGAGCCCUGCGGCUACGACCUGCCUGAGAUUUCGCCAAACGUGUAUGCGAUGGCGCCUGGGACCUAUGUGUUUCCCUUCCAGUUUCGACUCCCUAAUUCUUCACAACAGUUUCCUGAAUCCCUAGAGGAGAGCGGCUGUGUGUCUGGAGUGUUCUGGGAAGUGCAGUUUCUCGUCAAACGUAAUGAGCGCUUGACAAAGAAUGCCCACAAAACGGUCCCAUUCAGAUUUAUUCCCAUGUGCACCCUGCCCUUGUCUGGCGAUGUCAGGCAAUAUAGAAAAGAGCUGGAGUUUCUCGGGCAAGACCCGACCUUUAAACCAUCGCUCCUGGGCAGGUUUUUCACCAAGCACCGCAUCCCCGUCAGAACCGAGGCUGUGCUAACUAUUCCUCGCAUGGGCCUUGUCCAGGCCCCGCUGUUUCUGGAACUGGGUCUUCAGCUUGUCACUGAUAUUCAGAAUAUGGUGGUGGUUGAGGACAUUAUUAUCCAGCUCCACGAGAUCACUCGUGUGUUUGUGCCGACAAGCGAUAGUGCGUAUGAACGUGGUACUACCCGACACUCUAUCGCCAAACUAAGUCCUCAUCGGCUGCUUGACGAAAAGGUCGUCGACUUUACUCAUUUCAUGAGCGACUUACAGAUCCGCAAGGGCCUGAUCGGCAGCGUCGACGAGGUCAAUUUUGAGCACUGCUUCGAGCUCAAACUCCAGCUGAUCCUGCGGUCGGCAUAUUGUCCUUCUAAUACACAGAAACUGGCUUUCAAGAUCCCAGUUAAAGUCAUCCCGCAACAGCUUGAGCAUUUGCCCGACUACAUCCCUACUCCCCCCAUGAUGGAGACGGUAACCGCUUAA